AUGACUCCAAGUGAUCAAGAUGAAACAUUAAGAACAACUUAUCGAAGGCUACAGUUAAUCGUAGACUAUCCGGUUUGGAACAUUUCUGAAAAAGACAGUGGUACCCCAAGUACAUCACGUCCGGGUUCAAGAUUUCAACCAUGUGUCUCGUUCAACACUGUACCAUCUCUCGCAGGGAUAUCGUAUAGUACCGACGAGGAAACGGAAGAAGAUGAUGAAUUGGAAAGAAGUCGUCGUAAGUAUAAAUCAUUAAUGAAGCAAAAUAUACCUGUAUGGAUAAAUUCAAAAGACGAAGGAAAACCUCAGCUUAAAGCUUAUAGUGAUGUCUUUAGAGUUUCUGCAAAUGGAGAGGAUCAAAGGAUUGAUUUCCCCAGUAGACCAAUGAUUAUGAAUGACGCUAUUGUGAUGAAUAAAGUCCAUCCCCUAUGGAGGAAGAAUUGGAAACAUUUAAAAGAUCAAGUUGAAAUACGUAAGGUGAGAUGCACUGAGUUUUUCAAAUUGCCUGAUAUUUUAUUUGUGAAGGAUAAUGUGAAAGUUGAGAUCGAUAUUGGCGAUGGGUAUGUACCGAAGAGUAAGGAGCAGAGAAGGUUUGAAGAGAUUCUGAAAACAAAAAUAAAUCCAACUAAAGCUCCAAGAACCAUUUUAUGUCAUAUAAGUGGCAGGAGACAUACUUGGGUAGCCAUUGAUUGGUUAUUUACUACUUUAUCACAAGAUUUGGAUCAUAUUGUCAUAAUAGCCAAUUUGCCUAAAAUGAUUACAACAAUGACUAAAAAACAAGGGAAAAAAGAUGGCUACAUUCCAAAAGAUGAAUGGACAUCUGGAUAUUCUGAAGCUCGUAUUAGAGAAAAAUUAAAUAGCAUUGUUGACUAUAUAUCAUUGAUUGUACCAGAUGACAAAAUAAUCAAAAUCACGAUUGAAAUCAUAGUUGGGAAAACUAAAAGGGCAUUAAUCGAUGUUUUUAACGUAUACAAUCCAGACUUAGUUGUAGGUAGUACUUUAAGAUGGAGAAGAACCGAAAAUUUAGUAGAAUAUACAAAAACAAGAAGGUUGAUUGAUAACCUCUGUAGAAGAUUCCCUAUACCAAUUUUCAUUAUACCUGCUAAAAGGAUGUUUCAAUUUGAAAUGAAUUUACAAAAACAACUUACAUUACCAUCAAAUAUUCCUGGAGUGCGGAAAGCAGCAUUAGAAGACAUUCAUUCUAUACCUAUAGAAUUUAGUAUGUUACCAUCAUCAGAUUCUUUAACAGCAGGCUAUACCAAAGGAGACGAAUCCCCACCAAAUAUACCGUCUGACACUAAUACUUCUAGUGAAGAGGAUGAUGAAGAAAAAGAAGGAGAAGAGGGAAUGAAUGAGGAGAAAAGCGUUCGUAGUUUUCGAACUGUUGAUUCAGUUUUAUCUGCGAAAAGAAAGCUUUGUCUGAUGGCGAGAGCUCAUAGGAAAGAUAUGUUGGACAUGCUGAACUCUGUUCAAUUCGACCCGACAUUAACACAUGAACAACAACAAUUGAAAAAAGUAGAUGUUGUCCUUAAUAAAUCAUUGAUUUUCUCCUUAGAAAUUGAUGAAAUGAACCAGGAAGUUGAUGACGAUCAAGUGGGAUUUGAGAGAUUGGCCAAAGUAAUAACAGGUGGCAAACAAUACGCUCAACAAUUAUCAAUGACUGCGAUGGCUAAUAACCCUCCCAAAAAUAUUAUGAAGAAAGGAAACAUCGGAAAUUCAAUGGUUCCACCGAGUAGUGCAAGUGCCAGUUCUCAAAUAAAAUUUGCAAGAGAUGUUAAACAUCAAGAUGGUACAGCAGCUUUACGAACACCAAGAAAACUGAGUUAUCAAGAGUAUAGUGAAAAAAUAAUGGACUCUAUAAGGAGAUUCAAAAGUACUGGUGGUCUAAGAUCUUCAAGAUCAAAUGAUUCUGUAAAAAGUGCUGGAUCAUCGAAAUCAGCCGGUAGCACUCUUUUUAAGAAAAGUGGGUUUUUAUCAUUUUUAAAAAAUGGGAAUAGUAGUAAUAGUAGCAACAGUCGAAGUGAAUCUAUCUCUAGAAGAAGUAGUACUGAACAGACAAGUAUGUCACCUAACGUCUCUAAUUUAUCGAGUUCCAAAAAGAUAUCGAAGCUUUUUAGUCUCGGUAAAAAAUAA